UUCUAAAACAUUAAUGCUGGAAUGAAAAUGGAAAAUCACGGUUUGGGGGGAGACGUCAGAAGCUUCUUCUCUUCCCCCAACUGGCGGUUUCUUGAGCUUUCAGGGCUAAUCCAGAUCGCCGAUCUGUUGAGCUAGUUCUUUAUUUUUUGGUAAAUUAAGAAUUUCGAGCAGUUGGAGAAUUGUGUGUUUGAGUUCCCAUUGAAAAACAAUGGGGGUAAUGUCAAGACGGGUUGUGCCCGUCUGCGGUAACCUCUGUUUCUUCUGCCCUUCGAUGCGUGCAAGGUCAAGACAGCCUGUUAAAAGAUACAAGAAGUUAUUAGCUGACAUUUUCCCCCGUAAUCAGGAUGCUGAACCGAAUGAUAGGAAAAUUGGGAAGCUUUGUGAAUAUGCUUUGAGGAACCCUUUACGAAUACCAAAGAUUACAGGUCAGCUAGAGCAAAGAUGUUACAAGGAUUUACGUAAUGAGAACUUUGGAUCUGUAAAAGUCGUACUGUGCAUUUAUAGGAAACUGCUAUCGGCAUGUAAGGAGCAGAUUCCACUUUUUGCUAGCAGUUUAUUAGGGAUCAUUCGGACUCUUUUGGAGCAAACUCGACAGGAUGAAAUGCAAAUUCUGGGUUGCAAUGCUCUUGUAGAGUUCAUAAAUAGUCAGGUGGACGGUACAUACAUGUUCAACUUAGAAGGCCUUAUUCCUAAACUUUGUCAAUUGGCUCAAGAAGAUGGAGAUGAUGAUAGAGCUUUGCGUUUACGUUCAGCAGGAUUGCAAGUAUUGGCUUCCAUGGUCUGCUUCAUGGGUGAGCACUCUCAUAUAUCAAUGGACUUUGAUAGUAUCAUAUCAGUGACCUUAGAAAACUACAUGGAUGUCCAAAUGACCCCAGUCAAUGCCAGUAAAGUGGAAGAAAAUGGCUCUUCCUUCCCUGAUACCAAUGAGAAGGGCUCCUCCGCACCAAACCUUUUGAUUAACUCUGACUUAGAUCCAACCAUGGAUACUUCGAAGAGUCCCUCUUACUGGGCAAGGGUUAUCUUACGUAAUAUUGCCAGAUUGGCAAAAGAAGCUACAACUGUCCGGCGUGUGCUUGAACCUCUUUUUCAUAACUUUGAUGCUGAAAAUCACUGGUCCCAAGAGAAGGGAGUUGCUUCUUCAGUUCUAAUGUCCUUGCAGUUGCUUUUAGAAGAAACAGGAGAGAAGUCCCACCUAUUAUUGGCUAUCUUGGUGAAGCACAUGGAGCAUAAGAAUGUAGCCAAGCAACCUGAUAUACAAGUUAACAUUGUCAAUGUCAUCACACAACUUGCACAAAAUGCAAAGCCUCAGCCCUCAGUAGCAAUCAUUGGUGCAAUAACUGAUUUGAUGAAGCAUCUACGAAAAUGCCUGCAAAAUUCAUCUGAAUUAUCAAGUUCUGGGGAUGAUAUUGAUAAAUGUAACACUGAUCUUCAAUUGGGCUUGGAAAAGUGUAUCUCACAGCUCUCAAAUAAGGUUGGGGAUGUGGGACCAAUUCUUGAUAUGAUGGCUGUGGUACUAGAGAAUAUUUCGACCAACAGUAUUGUUGCCAGGACAACUAUCUCUGCCGUUCAUCGAACAGCACAGAUUAUCUCUUCUAUCCCAAACAUAUCAUAUCACAAGAAGGCUUUCCCUGAUGCUCUAUUUCACCAGUUGCUCCUCGCGAUGGCCCACCCAGACCAUGAAACUCGAGUUGGGGCAAAUAACAUUUUCUCCAUUGUGCUUAUGCCAUCGUUGCUUUCAUCUUGGUCUGAUCAAGAUAAAAUUACUUCUGAAGCUGUUUCUUGUGACUUAUCAUCUGCUGCAUCCAAAAAGGUAAGGAGUCAAAGCUUCGCCUUUCAGGAUGAAAGUAAAGACCAAGCAGAACACAUUGAUGGGAGACUAAAAGAAAAUGGAAAUCAAGCAUCAGAUAUGGCUGUGAAAAAAUCAAUAAUGUAUCAGUCCCAUGUGCGCUCAUAUAGCUUUAAGGAUGCUCUGGGUGAUGGAAAAAUGCAGCUCAGUCACCUUCGAUUAAGUAGCCAUCAAGUGAGUCUUCUGCUUUCAUCAAUAUGGGUCCAGGCGAAUUCGGCUGAAAAUACCCCUGCAAAUUUUGAGGCUAUGGUCCUUACCUACAACAUUGCUGUCUUGUUUACCCGAUCCAAGACCUCCAGUCACAUGGCCCUAGUUCGGAGUUUUCAGCUCGCAUUCUCCCUUAGGGGCAUCUCUCUGGAUCAAGAAGGAGGUUUGCAACCAUCUCGCAGAAGGUCUCUCUUUACUUUGGCAUCCUACAUGCUUAUUUUCUCAGCUAGGGCAGGCAAUCUCCCAGAGUUAAUUCCUAUUGUCAAAGCAUCUCUGACAGAUAAAACGGUUGAUCCUUAUCUCAAGUUAGUUGAAGAUAUCCAACUUCAGGCUGUUUGUGUGAAAUCUGAUGUGGAUGGCGUUGCAUAUGGAUCAAAGGAAGAUGAUCUUGCUGCAUCAAAAUCCCUCUUGUCAAUAGAGCCAGAUCCUCAUUUGAAGGAGACUGUCAUCUCCCAUUUAAUGACAAGAUUUGAGAAAUUGUCAGAGGAUGAAUUAUCAAGUAUAAAGAAACAACUUCUGCAGGGCUUUUCACCAGAUGAUGCAUAUCCAUUAGGUGCUCCAUUAUUUAUGGAGACACCAAGACCAUGUUCCCCUCUUGCGCAGAUGGGGUUUCAGGCAUUUGAAGAGAUUUUGCCUUUAGCUGCAAUGACAGAUGAAGAAGCCUUCCCUGAAGCCAAUGGAAGUCAGUCAGAUCGCAAAACAUCAUUGUCUAUCAGUACGCUAGAUGUUUUAAGUGUCAACGAGCUUUUGGAUUCGGUUCUGGAAACAGCCCGACAAGUUGCAAGCUUUUCAGUUUCCCCUACACCCAUUCCUUAUGACCAAAUGAAGAGUCAGUGUGAGGCUCUUGUAACGGGUAAACAGCAGAAGAUGUCAGUGCUUCAUAGCUUCAAGCAUCAACAGGAUGCCAAGGCAACCUUGGAGAAAACUGAAAAGGAAGUCCUCUAUUUACCAAGUGUGAAAAUGGAGUUUUCUGAAGAUCGGAAGUUAAUAAUCAGGGAGCAAGGUCAUGUAAGGGGACAGCUUGCUCUCUGUUCACAAGAAUUUGGGCAACAUUCUUUCAGAUUACCACCAUCAAGCCCCUAUGACAAGUUCUUGAAAGCAGCUGGAUGCUAAAGAGGUUGGGUGUGUUUUAUACAUGAAUAUAUAUAUAUAUAUGUAACAGUCUAUAUAUUUUACGUUCAAUUCUUUUCAUUUUUUUGUUACCAUGGAAGCUCAUUCUAGGCAUUUUCUACCUUGUCACCCCAAAAUGGAAGAAGAGAGGUAGGAUGGGCAUAAUAUAGUGUUGCUUGAACAAAAAUAUUUCUUAAUGUUUAAAGCACGUACUUCACUGCAGCAUAUUGUACAAGAAGAGCAAUCUAGGACUCAGAUUCUUUGUAUGACUUAAUGUAAUUUUAUCCUUUGCAAGUUUUGGCUUCCCCUCCCUUUGUGUAAAUUCAAACAUUUAGCAGUUGAUGAACCAAGAAAGGUGUGUCCAUUUAAAGUUGUAUGUGCCCUAAUUAUCUCUUUAUUUUUCUUUUCCUUUGAAGUUGUAUGUAGAGAUUGGUGGAUGAUUUUUCUGUUC